CUUCCUUUCGCACACGCAGCAAUCUCCAAAGCGGCGGUAAAUUAGGAGGGAGACAGGUGAAUUCUCUUGUGAAGGUUUUUGAUGCAACCUUGAAAACAGAGAGAAUUUUAGUUACACCCUAAAAGUGUGAAAUGGGCACUGAGGAGAAAGAUCCAGAGCCUGCAGCUCAGCCAGCAUCAAAGGAGCAGGGAUCACCUGAGAAGGAAAAUGAGCCUCCACAAACAUCUGAGACCAGCGACCCUCUCAACACAUACAAGUGGCAUACUGGCUCCAAGGGAACCCUCAAUGAGCAGAAAGAAGAAGGAGAAGGAACGCCGGCAUCCUCCACAUCUGCCAUGGAAAAAAUUCAGAAGGCCUCCAGCAACAAGUGGAGCAAGAUGCAAAACUGGCGCAAGGCCUUGAGCGAGGACCCCGGAGAAAAGAAUUCAUCCAAUGGGAAAAGCAGCGAUGCAGCCAAGCCCGAAAAAGCCUCCGGAGGAACAAGAAAGAACCCCUUCAGGAGGGCCCUGUCCGAGCCUCCUGGCUCUCUGUUUGCAGCCCUCUCCACUACCAAUUCGGCUCACGCAGCUUCAUCCUCUGCUGCAGCCACUUCUGCUGGCACAGAAGCCUCGGGCGCUGCCUCCAGUGACCCCUCACAGAAAGGGGGCGGAGGGGCACUUUUUAAAAAAUAUCUUCGGAGUGUGUCCCAGAAGCUCAAGAAGCCAAAGCUACAGCCCCGCAACAGCACGCCAUCCCUUGCAGGUUUGAAUGAGGUUGUGCCGACACCAGCCGGACCCUGCGAACUCUCAAGACUGCAAUGGGUCCCGCCUCAGGAGGUCCCCUUAUGGGACAUCAGCAACUGUUGCCUGGAAGAUGGGCAGAUUCUCAUUUCCCCAGAGGAAGAGCCAACAAUGUGGACUCGAAACCGUGUCAGCAGCUGCUUGUCCAACCUCAGCAUGCAGAACCUUGUAGACAUUGACACAGACUGCAGCCCCGACCAUGGGGGCCAGCUUGGUCCUCGACCAAAGGCUCAAGAUGGCGGUGUGAGGGGACUGAUCAAGCGACGUCUUGAGAACAAAGCCAAGAGGAAUAGCAACACCCAGCUAAACCAACAGGGACUUAACAAAGGACGCAGGCUCUAUGAAUCCCGAGAGUCUGUGUCAAUUCCAGUCAGUCCAGUGGGGACGCUAGAUCUGAGUGCAGACACCAGCACCGUCAUCAGACCGCACCCUCUGGGAAGCGUGACCAUACCUCUAGCUGACAUUCGAGGGAGGACCUAUCAGGAGAAGUGGUACCCCAUCACUCCAUAUAAGGCGUCAGGCUCAGCAGGGAACAAAGAAGCUCUGGGGCCGCAGGCGUCACUCCGCAUCAAGGCCCGUUUCCAGAACUUGCAAGUUCUGCCGAUGGAGAAAUACAAAGAGUUUGCCGAGUAUGUGACUGUGGAUUAUGUAGAAAUGUGCAGAAACUUGGAGCCACUUCUGAAUGUGAAGGAGAAGGAAGAGCUGGCAGGAGCUCUCGUCCACGUACUCCAGAGCAUCGGCAAGGCCAAGGAAUUCCUCAUUGAUUUGGGCAACGAUGAGGUGGAGCGUCUUGGAGAAAAAGAAGCAAUGAUCUUCAGAGAGAACACACUGGCCACUAAAGCUAUAGAUGAAUAUAUGAAGCUGGUUGGUCAGAAGUACCUCAUCGACACACUAGGAGAAUUCAUCAACCGUCUAUAUGCAUCGACUGAGAACUGUGAAGUUGACCCUCGUAAAUGUCCUGCGGCUGAACUGUCAAGCAACCAGAAGCACUUGAGGGAAACCUGUGAGGAGGUGGUGCAGAAGAUCAUUGAGCUCCAUGGGCCUUUUCCUGAAGAGUUAAACAGGAUCUUCUCCAGCUGGGUGGAGGUGUGUGAAGACCAGGGCAAACCGGAGAUUGGCCAUCGGCUCAUCUCUGCUUCCCUCUUCCUUCGUUUCUUGUGUCCUGCUAUCCUCAGUCCUUCCCUUUUUGGUCUGACGCAACCGUACCCGGAGCCAAACACCCUGCGUACCCUUACGUUGACAGCCAAAGUCAUCCAGAAUCUGGCCAACUUCACCUUGUUCGGGGAAAAGGAGGAGUACAUGCUCUUCAUGAAUGAAUUCCUGGAGCAGCACUGGGAUGGAAUGAGAGGCUUCCUACAAACGGUGUCGAGUGGAGACACUGAGAUUGCAAUGACGUCCUUUGACGGCUAUGUGGAUUUGCCUCUGCGUUUGGCUGUGCUCCAUGGACUGCUGGUGGACAUCAUCUACCAGAAGGACCAGGAAACAGUUGACAAGCUGCACCCUCUGCCUUCAAUUCUGAACCAAAUAACAGAGUCACUAGGCCCUGAAGCACCUCGGAUAGAUAUUAACAGCCAAACAGGACACAUCAAGCCAGUGUAUAUUCCUCCUAAGGACUUGAGCAAGUACAGCCCUCUCCAGUCGUCUCUCCAGCAUAUUCCUCAGGAAUCCAAAAGCACACGUGACAACAGGAGUCAAAAGAGGAAACCGAUCGCCAGAACUCAGAGUGCCCCACACAGACGUCCGGCACAAGUAAAACGUGAGAUGAAGAGGCAAACGAGCUCCGAGGCUCUGCCGACAUCUGACCACGAACAGGAGGCGGAUCCCAACCAACCACUUAUCUCACCGCCAAAUACUAGCAUCUCUGUCAAGCGUGCACCUGCACCGGUUCCCUGGAUUAAACCCGGGGACCCCAACCCACCGGGCAGCCACACCCGGCAACCGAGCGAGAUCAAGACUGAGAAUGAGCAAUUCAGCUUACUGGAUAAGCAUGCUCAGGAGCUGUCGGAGCUUCGCCUGGGCAUAGAGCAGGUGACGGAGCGCGAACUGGACAUGGCUAAGCGCCUGGAGGACUUCAUCAUCCAAAGUCAGGACCAGAAUGCAAUACUGCAGGAAGAGGUCAACGAGCUCAGGAAUGUGCUGGCUAUGCGCGAGGAGCAGCUUGCCAGCGCCACCUUCAGGCUGGGUGUGAUUGAAGAGGAAAGGGAGGAAGAUGAGAGGAAGCUGAGUGUUGCCAUUGCAGCAGCCGAGAGAGUGAAUGUGCUGGAGGAGCAGUUUGCAGGUCUGCUAAGGGACCUUCAACAGCUCAGCGAGGCGUACAAGAGCAGCCAAAACAACACACAGCAUCCUGAAAAACCACUCAACACCACCUGAACCCCGAGAAAAAGGGUUACGCUUUGGGCUUCACAGUUUUUAUACACACACACACACACACACACACACACACACACACACAGCCUGAUGCCACAAUCAUGAAUUCCUGGUUAGAUAUAAGUUUAUUUUAUAAAGAUAUCCAUAAUGAACUCCAGUUAAGGUGAACAUGAAGGCUGUAGGAUUUGUUCGCAUUUCCUCUUUCACUGUAUCUCUGCUUGUAAACCGUUUUUUUUAAAUAAAAAAAGCUGCUGCCUAAUGUUUUUCUA